AGGCACGGCCAUCGGGUACGUGUGCAGAGCGUGUAUUGUAAAUAAAGGGUGUGUGUGGCGUCGCCUAGCGAUGUGUGUGCGGAGCAGACAGCGAACAGGUGCAUCAAUUACUUUUAACACGUAAAUAUCACGAAGAAAAUGAUCGAACUGAAAUAAUGAUGUAAAUUUAAGGACGUAGGACCAAGAAACAGAAAACACAAGUAUGCAACGGAACAGUAUUGGUUUGUAAAUAAGCUGUAACUACAGGUGUACCCUGGAAAUGGAAUAUAAUGUUACAAAUUGAAUCGGUGAGUUCGAGAAUUGAUCAUUCACAAUCUUCCACUUCGAGUCAUGAUCCCGGCUCCAGGUCCGGCGUCGAUGGUAAUGGGAGCAGUGUUGUUGUUGGAGGUACACGGAUUCCCCAUCAGCGAUUCAGCUUUGACAAAUAUGAACAGGAACUAACGUUUACUCCAAAGCUCAAUGCGACAAGUUUAAAGUUGGCGCAUGAGCGACGGGGACAAUUAAAAAGUGGAAGUUUUCAGAGAGCUCAGGCUUCAACACGAGUUACAAGAAUUCCUGACAAUAACAUUCACCAUGCUAGCAGCAUGUCUCCAAUCCCCAAACUUCCAGGAUCCGAAUUUACCUUCAAACCUCAGAUGAGCACUGCCAGUGCCAAGAUAGCUGAAGGACUUGGAACAACAUUUAUGGCUCGCCAAGAGCUGCACUUGCAAAAGCAACGUCAAAAAUUGGAACAAAGCACAAAGCUGCCAUUACGGGGACGUCUCUCUCCUGUACCAAAUAUCGCCAAAGCAAGAAGAUUAAGCCUCAAAGAAAAGGAGAAUGACGAAACCUCGCAAGAAGCAUGGAGAACACCUACCUCAACUCCCAAUCUAAUAGAUGGUAAAGAGAGCUCACAUGGGGAAGCUGCAUCUAAAAGAUUGGUUGGUGGAUCUACACCAUCUUUAUUGGCUCCAGUCAAACCAGGGCGGGGUGGAACAUUGAUGCAGACAUCAGUUAGUUUCAACAAGCUGCAAGACAGUGCAUAUUGUCCAAAUACAAGUAUGUCCCUGAAGAGGCUGAAAGGAAGCACAAAAUCUAAACAUCUCAACCACAAACGUGGAACUACCUAUCCUACCGAAGGUCGCUCAAGUGAGCUAGAAGAAGAGAAUGAACCAACCAGUCCUGUUGGCCCAAGUAAUCACACCCGUAGUAAGACCAAUGCCUCUCCAGAACUCUCUCCCAGGAGCAAGGCUAGGUACUCUGUAUCAAAAGGCCCCAACACAGAUCGACUAAGAAAUGCUAAGAUUAUGGCUGAAAAAGCAAUGAAGACAAGAAAGAUUUUCACCAUCCAAGGUCCCUACCCAGUGGUGAGGGCGAGCCUGAUGCGCAGGUCAUGGGUGGAGAAAGAGUAUCGGCUCAUGAACCCUCACAAGUAUAAGAAGAAGAAUGCAGGCGAUGAUGACUCUGAUUCUGACGAUGAUGACGACAUUGACGAUGACAAUGCUUGUGAUGAUGACACCGAUGCUGCUGUUGUUCAUGAUCCUGAUGGAGUUUGUGGUAUCAUGUCUCGGAUGGUCCGGAAUGCCACCCCAUCAUUCCUGUGGACAGUACGUAAGGGAGCCAUCGAUUAUAAACUGUUGAGAAAGGAUACCAUUGUCAACCACUUCUGCAAGAAUGGAACAUUUACUACGAAGGUUGGUCUAUGCCUUAGUCUAAAGAGUCUUCCAUGGUUUGAGGAGAGGGAAGCUGAUACAUUCUUUCCUAGAUGCUAUAGAAUAUGUGCAGAUGAAGAGAAAGAUGCAUUUGUUGGUGACUACAGGAUAUCGGCUGCUAUCGGUGUGAUGAAAUGGAUUGUCAUGAAACAAGAUGGAGACUUGGAUAUCAUUAUGACUGAAGACAAAGAAGAAGAUAAAGAGAACAAAGAAACUGACAAAACUGAUGAGAACAAAAAUAUUACUAGUCCAAGGAAUGGUAAAGCUCUGAAAGCCAAGAAGACACCAGUCCUGCUAGGAACUCCAUUUGUGAACAUCGCCAUCAAAAUUGUAGAAGAUUUUCUGACGUCUCAUGAACACGAUGAUAUUGAUGAGGAGAGCUCUCCUCUAUUAUCAGAUGAGCAGUGGGACAAAUUUAUCACAGAGUACUAUCAACUAACAAGUGAAGGAGGGAGUAUUGAUGAUACUACCAUGCAUUAUGCAUACUGUGAUAGCCUCCUCAACAGGCUACGAUCAAUACUACCUCAGCUUGACAUGCAGGGAUUCAGGAACAUAUGGAUUGUAAAGCCUGGUGCCAAGUCUAGGGGCAGAGGUAUCAUGUGUAUGAACAAACUGGAUGAAAUCCUGAAGCUUGUCGGCAACCCCAUGGUGAAGAAAGAAGGCAAAUGGGUCGUCCAAAAGUACAUAGAGCGACCUCUAUUGAUCUACCAAACCAAGUUUGAUAUCCGUCAGUGGUUCUUGGUGACGGACUGGAACCCUUUGACCAUCUGGUGGUACGAUGCAUGCUAUCUCAGGUUCUGCACCCAGCCUUUCUCUCUUGAUGACUUGGGCCAAUCUAUCCAUCUCUCCAACCAAUCCAUUCAGAAACACUAUGACAAUGCCUCAGAACGUGAUCCCAACCUACCUGAAGAUAACAUGUGGGACAGUGAUACCUUCCGCAAGUAUCUUGAUGAUCGUGGGUAUGAGGGUCUGUGGGAGAGUGUGAUUGUACCAGGCAUGAAGAAGGCUAUUAUUGAUAGUAUGCUCUGUGCACAGGAUGCCAUGGAGGCCAGAAAGAAUUCCUUUGAGCUGUAUGGAGCUGACUUCAUGUUGACAGAUGAUUUUCUGCCUUGGAUGCUAGAGAUCAAUGCUAGCCCUGCCAUGGGCGCCUCCACACCGGUCACAGAGGAAAUGUGUGCCUCUGUCAUUGAGGAUACAAUGAAGGUUGUCCUAGACCGUAAGCAUGAUAAGAACUGUGACACUGGCAAGUUUGAGAUCCUGUACAAAGGGCCCAGUGUAAGUGUUCCUCCGUAUAUCGGGGCGUCAAUCUGUGUGGACGGCAUUGGCGUGCGGCGACCGGUUACACUGAACCGGCAGAAGAGCAUCAACAACGUGAUCAGUCCUCGUCAGGAGGUUGACAGAAGAUCUGACAACCAACGAAGCAAGACACCGGGAAGGACUGACAAAGUGAGUGCGUUCCAGAAGUUGGGGCUGAAGACUGGUGUAACACCGAAGGCUACGACCAUGGAGGACAUGAAGAAGAAAUUAGCAGUAUCGCCUCCAAAGCCGCAAGCUGUCCCAGCAGCUGGACAACAUGAAGCAAGAAAUAGCUUGUCUGGCCAGAGUAGAAGUUCAUUAGAUGGUGUUUGGAGCAAUGAAUGCACUCAAUGUGGUAACGGGCGUGGCUACAUUCUUGACACCUCCCACCAAUCACAGGUAUGCGACUGCCAGCGGGGUAGUCUGGUAGUCCCCGACCCGGACCUCGACGAACCCGUGCCCUCCUCGCGUCCGUCCACGGCCAUGCUUCGGCUCACCACCGCAACCUCACCCAGCCCCCCGAGGUCCAAGACACCACGCCCUCCUUCUCAUCCCAACUUGGGCGUGUCAUCCUAUUGUGAAACCAAGGUCUCUGAACCAACUAUCAGUCAGGAUGACCCAAUCCCCAAAGCAAUCAAUUUCAUCAGUAACUCAAUGGGGCAGUUAUUAACACUGAAUGACUCUGCUGAUCUGUCAGGUGCACCAAGACCAGGUAGACUAGGUUUCUCUCAGGGCAGGACUAGACCUAAUGUUACCAGGCAGAGGAGAGAGAACCUGGCCUUCAUGAAGGCUAACGGAGACCUGAGAUCUCCAGGACCAAUGCCAGCUGUACUUACAAAUGCUAGGAGGUAGCACCUGAUUGUUUGGUUGCCUCAAAACUUUCUGUAAACUUUGUGCUGAAAUAUUUGUCAGAAAUAUACCAAUGUUGCCUCAUUUGAAAUCCAAAGAAAUGCUUCCAAAUUGAUCAUGGAUACAUUGAUUGAACUUUAAUUUGAAUAUGCAAUCAAUUAUGUAAAUAAAGAUAAACUUUUCAAGUUAUGUUUUAUUCAGAUAUGAUUUUUGAUGUCUUCUGAUCGCACAUUAUUGUACUGAAAAUAAUUUAUCUAGAAUUUAUAAGUUGUAAAGAGGUAUAGGCAAUCUUGUGACAUGGGGGGGGGGGGGGGGGUUAGUUAUGGUAGGUAGAAGAUUUUGUAAAAUGUAUGUUUCUGUAUAGGUUUGAACAAUCUUUUUCCCCUUGGAACUAAUGUUAUACACUGUAAUAAGCUGUUGAUCAGCUUCAUGUUUUCUGAGUAUUUUAUAGAAAUUGCAGUUGAGGUAUGCUGGCAAUAUCAGUCUUUCAUCAUGAAACUAUGCUUGAAUGAAACUCGAUGUUGUGUGUUCACAAUGUUAUUGAAACCAAUCUUUUAUAUGACUUCUUUCUGCACACUACGCAUAUAUAGUGAUUUUUUUUCCUUAUUAUCUUUGCACGUUUGUAUGUUUAUGUUAUAGGGUUUAUAAGAAAGAAAUAAAAUUUUUGUCAUGUUAGUGUUAUAAAUAAAAUUGAUUAACAUAUUGAGCUUCUCUAUAGAUCUUAUUUAAGAUUAAGUAAUAUUUUCAUUACUGUAAAACAUUCUACAAAUUGUAUCAUGGAAAUAUUUUUAAAAGGAAAAACAAAACCCUUUGAAUCACUUUAAUUUACUAUAAAAAAGAAAAAAAAACAGAUCGAUGAAAAUUUGAGAAAUAUUUAAUGAAAAAUAAGAAAGUGAUAAGCAUUUGAAUAGGUAUUGAGAUCACUAAUGUUAUAUGGAUCCUCCUAUUGGCAAUGUGAACAAGAUCUGUGAUGUCAAACAUGUACAAUUUUUCUCCAUUACUUUUGCAUAUUUCAUUUAUAUAUUCUCUUAAAUCACAUCUAUCUGUUAUACAUGUAGAGGACCUGUAAUUCAGGUUUCACUUCAUUAUACCAUGAUGUGUAUGUCCGAUCAAUAGGAAAGAGAUGAUUUGGGGUCAUUUUUUUUUUGGCCUUGAUAUUCCAAUGCUCAUUACUUUCUUAUCAUAUGUCAAUUUAUCAUUCAAACUUCAUUUUCUUUUAUUUUUCUGCUUUCACACUUUAGCCAACUUGUUUCAAGAUUUUCAUUCAGUUAGUAAUAAUCUCCGAGUUUAUAGUUGAGCUGGAUAAGGUUAAGUAAAACAAUAUGGAAAGAAUGACAGCAAAGGAGUGAAAUUCCAGUAAAAAAAUGUUAUCAUUAAUGUGUAAUAUUGUCACUGAAAUCUCUACAUUUCAAUUUCUCACUAACAGGUUUAUUAUAAAUGUCCAUUUUCAGUUAAUGACUAAUGCAAUUUUACAAUCAUGAUGGU